UCCUCUGCUGUCAGAGAAGUACGUCACAGCAAAUACGUCUCUUUUCCUAUUGGCCGCUUUCGGCCAUGUGACCAAAACAGAAUCAUGGCGGCCUCCGCUGCUGUCCGGUCGAGCGUGGGGCUGACUUUCAGACUUUCUCGAGUAAUACCGGACUGUAGCACAUGUCCCCUCUACAGGUUAAAGAGCUGUGUGAGCAGCGUGGCUAAUUUACAAAGGAUAGCUUCUUCUGAUCGCUUCCGGACGAUAAGUCGACACUUGCAGACGAGUAUAGGUCUUCACCAAAGUGAGGAGGGGAGCUCCAAUGCAGAGGACCCAGAUGAUGUGGUGAAUGUGGUGUAUAUAGAUCGGUCUGGCCAGAGGAUCCCAAUUAAGGCCAAAGUGGGAGAUAAUGUCCUGUAUCUGGCUCACAAGCACGGAGUUGACCUGGAAGGAGCCUGCGAGGCAUCACUGGCCUGCUCAACAUGUCAGGUCUACGUGAGUGCUGCCCAUUUUGACAAACUGCCAGAACCCGAUGAGAGGGAGGAUGACAUGUUGGACAUGGCGCCCAUGCUUCAGGAGAACUCCCGGCUGGGAUGCCAGAUCAUUCUCACUCCAGAGCUUGACGGCAUUGAGCUCACCUUGCCGAAAGUCACCAGGAACUUCUACGUGGACGGCCACGUUCCCAAACCUCACUGAAAGGACGCACAGAUGAUGAAGAGGGGAACUGGAGGAAGAUGAGAGGGUGUCGCUGUGCUGCCCCUUGAGUGAGGGAGCAUCCAUGAAGAGAUGCAUGGCCAGGAUAGCAAAGUCCGUAGCAACUCCCAAGACGUCUUGCAGACUGACAAAUUCCACAGUUAACCAAUGACAGGACAGGCCUAAAGAUGAGAUCAGGCAGGGUCAGACACUAUAUAUGAGUCUCACUGAAGGUGAAAUUUAUGGUUUAACUGACAAUGUAUUUAUUUAUGUGGUGAGUUCUCAGGCCAGCAUUAAGACACUAUUCAAUCUCAAACUUUGUUAAAACACCAGGCAAUUUAAGAGACAUUUCAUGUUUGUGUUAUACAUUGCAGAGCACGUUUUAACAAAGUUUUGCUUUGUGUCAUUUAAUGAAACAUUCCUUGUUACAGCUCAUAUACGCACAAGUAUCACAAGAUGUUCUCAAUCAUUUCUGCUAGUCUAUCAUUGUCACCCUGAUUCACUUGUCAGAUAUUGUAUGCAUAGUGUUUACUUUCAUUUUUAUGUACCAAGCUCAUUUGUAGUUGUUGUGAUGGCUAAUCAAUAAGUACCCACUGAAUAUAGUUAGCCCUGCAUGGUACUGAAGCCAGACACAGAAGAAGAAGCCAUAUAUUAGAGUGAAGUGUAUUUGAAAGACAGAAUUGCCGGAAGCUUUAAGCUCUUAACAAAAUAAAUCAAAAUUUAGACUGUUGAAACUUACUAACUCAAUAUAAACAUUUCAAAACAUUCAAGUGAAUUGUAUUUUAAGUGUUGGAUGGAAAAUGCAUUUUAAAGCACUUCCUGUUUGGUGCCAGUGAUUAAGGCUUGAUCAGUUGAUCUGGUUCAGGUGUGGUUUGAUCCAGAGCAGGAUGGAGGUGGAGACAAGUUACCAUGGAAUGAGUUUACCACAUCUACCCAUUACCUAAGUCUACUGUACUUGUCCAACUUACGCACAAAUGUAAGUAGAGUGUAUAUUAUGUUUUAGGAAUUGCAAAUAUUUUAAGUUGUGCAAUAAAAUCAGUUUUUAAAAGUUA